UCCCUCGCUCCUCACCCAACACGCGCCGCCGGCCGCAGAGAAGAAGAAAGUACCAGUUCACAGUGUUCACUCAGUGUCAAGCCUCCAUACCCAGUUCCCCAGCCAACACUCGCCGCCCGGCUGCGCGAUGGGAGAUCCAGACGAACGUCAAGCCGUAGCCGCCGGGGAGCUCAUCUCCGCCCGCGACCCUCCUCCCACCGAGGGUAACGCCGUCGUCGGCGUCGCAAACCUGCCGCCUCCUGGAUUCCUCGAGGCCCUCCCACACGCCGGCCUGAACACCACGGCCGUCGGCCUGGUCGAUCCCGCCAGGCAGGAGCCCAGGGGCCGCGCGCUCGGCCGGGGCGACAAGCGCCGCUCCGUCCAGGGUCUCGUCAACGAGAUCGACCACAAUUUGCCGGCAGGAGAAGCCCCGGACGAGGGCGAGGGCAGCGCGGUGGAAGCCCCGCAGGGGACGCCCACGCAGAGGAAGCGCACGCAUCGAUCUGCCAUCAGGAGGAGGAAGCAGAGUGGGUCCUCGACCAUGGCCAACCUGGACGACGAUGGCCAGAACAAGGAUGAGAGCACUGGGUUGGGGCUCUCGGCGAAGCGGGAGAGGAAGAGGAGCAAGUACCUCUUGCUGCCAUACACCAACGAUCUUGACGGGCUGGAUCUCGACGAGAAGGAGGAGGAUGUCGGUGCCCGGGAGGUCUUGCUGUUGGUGCGCGGCUUCGCCAAGGACAUCCUUCAUCGGAGGUAUUUUCCUACGGCUGCAAAGGGGUAUCUCGGAAGGCUUAGGAGCUCAACAUUCUUGCCGGAGAAUACUUUUGCAAAUAGUGUUGUUGUUCCUGAAUGUUCAGCAGAGGAUGCUUUUGCAAAAGCUACUGCAAAUGCUACCAUUGUGGUAUCUGAUUCAUCAUUUGAUUCUGAGAUGAAACAAGGAGAGGGUGUAUUCAAGGGGAGCGGAAGGAAGAAUGAUCAAUAUGGAGGUGGAGGUUCUUCUAUCAAGGGGAAGGAGGUGGAGAAAACCCCUCCAGCAAAAACCCAUCUUGACCAUGGCUUACUUAUUACUCCCGCUAUUCCUCUCAGGCAAGUGAGGCCAGAAGGUAUGAUAAGCCAUGUGAAAUCGGGAGUUGAGGUAGAUACUGUCACAAGUGUGCAGAGACCAACGGAAGAAACCGUUUCUCCUGGUUUGCUUCCUGAAAGCUGAAUAAAACUGUUGCUUGUUGA